UUACAAUCUUCAUCUUUCAUCUUCCAUCUUCUUCACCACAAAACACACACACACACACACAAAAAGUGAUCCAACAACAAGAAUAUAUAAUAAUUAAGCAAAUCUUGGGGGUGAUUCAUCAAUAUAUGGCUAUAGCUUCCAUGUUGGCUAGUUGGUUCACACCAACUGUUCUUUUUUGUGUUCUUAACCUCAUGAUCGCCAUCAUCUUCUUAGCUUCAAACUUUAAGUCUCCCAAUAAUCAUCAUAACAAUCCGAGUUCACCGAGUCAACUCACUCGAUCACCUUCGUUACUACAAAGAGUCAAGUCAUCAGUGAAUUCAUCAUCAUUCUACACCGGUGCCCCUGAUGAUCAAACAGCAGAGUACAACUCAGUGAGUCAACCAAGUCAAGCCCCAUCUCUUUUGCAACGAGUUAGGUCCAUCGAUUAUUCUUUCUCUUCUUUCUACACGCCAAAUUACCACAACUCAUCAUCUACUACUGAGCCAGAACAAGUCGGUAACAGCUCAACGAGUGAACUCACUCGAGCUCCUUCACUAUUGGAUCGAGUUAAGUCGUUCAAACUCACUUCCUCUUUCCACUCCAAUCAUAAUUCUAGCGAAACAAACACUACUAUGCAAGAUGAGCAAUAUUCCAACAUGGACGCGCAUCUUGAAGACCAUGAUAUUGAUGAUGUCACAAUUAGCAGUAGUGGCAAUUCACGCAACAACAAAUUAGCCAAAUUGUCACAAAAUCCGGAGAUGACUCUUGCAAAGAGGUCAUCAGGUAGCAAUCUAUCAAAAUCAAGUAGCGAGAAGAGGGUGGCAGUAUUAGAAGACGAUGAAGAUGUUGAUCGACGGCGGCCAGCAACGAUGAGAGCACCAAGUGAGACCCGUGAUGAGUGUGUGGAUGCAAAAGCCGACGAUUUCAUCAAAAGGUUUAAGCAACACCUGAAAUUACAAAGGAUUGAUUCGCUACAAAGGUUUCGAGAAAUGCUGAACAGGGGCACUUAACUAAUAAUCAUCAUUUUCAAAUAUAUAUAUAUAUUGGCUAAGUUUUUUCUAAUUUUUUUUUUUAGCGAGUGAUCAAUCUUGUUAAUUAGUUAUUUGGUUAAAUGUACCCGGCCCUUAUUAUAAAUUGCAGUAUUUGUUUUUGUUUCU